AUGAGUUGGAUGCCGCGCUGGAGACCAAGCCGAUGGUUGCCGUUCAUUCUCGUCGUGCUCUUCUUAGCCCGAAAAGCUUGCGGUUCGAUCGGUGAUAGUCAGGAAACGUAUUUCGAGUGUACAAAGCGUUGCCGGGAUUUACUCGAAUGUCGUGGUCGUUUCGAUACUUUCACUUGGGGCAGGCAGCCGUGUUUCCGGUGCAAAUACGAGUGUAUGUGGGCGACGGAAGAGGAUUUUCGCACGCGAUACGGCUACACACCUCAAUUUCACGGAAAAUGGCCAUUUGUGGCACUUCAAAUUGGACCAAUAGUUGUGCAGGAACCCGCUUCGGCUCUCUUCUCUAUUCUAAACCUCUUCACCACAUGGCUUUUCUGGGUUCGUCUUGGCGCUUAUUCGAAACUUCCCGAUAAACACGUUUGGCGAGGGUACAGCGUUGUUGGAAUGGCAACUUGGAUCUCAUCGUUUGCUUUUCACUGUGUCGAUUGUUGGAUCACGGAAUGGAUGGAUUACUUUUCGGCUGGCGCGUUCAUUUUUGCAAGUUGCGCUGUCUCGUCGAUCAUCGCGUUGCCCGAGUUGUCAAACGGACGAAAUGCAAGAAUAUGGCGAUUGGCUUCACCGACGAUUGCGCUUAUUGUCUGGAUCCGACACAUCACUGGAAUGAUGACACAUUUCGACUACGGCUACAACAUGAGGGUUUGCCUAUUUGCAUCGUUGUUCUCGUCGCUACUUUAUGGACGUUUUAUUUUCAAGCGAUGGCAGACGAAUAAAAGACUCUCCACCGGCGACUGGCUGCUGAUUCGAGCGCUCAUUUUACUGAAGGGAAGCGUCAUCUUCGAGUUGUACGACUUUCCGCCAAUUUGGUGGCUCAUCGAUGGACAUUCUCUAUUUCAUCUAGUAACAAUUCCUGUGCCUCUACUACUUCACUCGGCUCUUCUCAAAUAUAAUGCUGAAAUCUUUGACGGUCACACCAAAGCCAUGUCCGACGCCGAAGAGUCCUACGAAGAGGAGGAGUACGAGGAGGAGGAAGUCGAAGAGGAAGUCGACGAGACACCAACAGCCGUUGAAGAGGAGAGACAAGCCCCAAAAGUCAACUACGAUGAUGGGGACCCGAGUUUGACCGAGGCCGAGAAAGCGAUGCUGGCUGCGAAGAAGCGCCACGAAGAGGACGACAUGGCAAAGUUGCACGACUAUGAGAGCAAACGCAAAAGCGAGCGCGAAAAAGAGGAGGAAGAGUUGAGGAGAAUGAAAGAAAAACAAGAGGAACGUCGAAUGAAACGCGAGCAAGAAGAGCGCGAAGCCGAGGAAAAGCGUCGAGCAGCCGAGGAACGCCAAAAGGCCGAGGAGCAAGAGCGCCGUUCGAGAAUGGAGGCCGAACGCCAGAAAAAGGAGGAUGAGAAGAAAAAGAAGGCGGCCGCUUUGAUGGGUGGCUCCUUCCAAACGCAAGGUGAAGGCGGACGAAACUUUGUCAUCCCGAAGAAAGCUUCAACCGAUGACAAGUUUGGAAACAUUGUGCAAGCGAAACAAGAAAUGGGAAUGACGAAAGAUCAGCAAGAAGACGCGAAAAAGAAUUUCCUGCGCUACCAACGCGCCGAGAUCGAAGCGAUGCCUGGUGACAAGAAAGAGACGAUCAAGAUUUUACAUCAACGCAUUUGCAAGCUCGAAGCUGACAAAUUCGAUCUAGAAAAGCGUCACGAGAGGCAAGAGUAUGACCUGAAAGAGUUGAACGAGCGUCAACGACAAGAGCAGCGCAAAUUGCUCAACAAGAAGGGCACCACCGACGACACUGGCGGCAGACAUCCUCCAAAAGUUCAAGUGGCAUCGAAAUACGAUCGACAAAUCGAUCGACGAAAUUUCAAAGAGCGCCGCGCCAUGUUCGAGCAUAAAAACGCAUACCCAUGCUUCCCGGGAGUGCCACCGCCGCCAGCACUUCUCGAGAAAGUGAUCAAGAAGUUGCAAUACGAGAUCGAGAAAGAGGAAGAGGAAGCCGAGCAAGCAGCGGCCGACGCCGAGGACGAGGAAGAGGAAGAGGAAGAGGAG